UAUUGUUACGCAGGGUCAAGGUCACAGAAGUACAAACAUGGCCGCGCACAUGUUUCAGUGUCUGUGGCGUGUGCCAGGGCGUUUUAAUCUGCUUACUACAAGAUCGCUGUUGAAUGACACCAAGGUUAAAAUAACUUGGAAUGCCCUAAAGCCUUUUUGCACAAAUACGCCACCGUCGAACACUGUUGAUAAGCCCCAUUGUAAUAUUGGGACGAUAGGUCAUGUUGAUCACGGUAAAACCACUUUGACAGCCGCUAUUACCAAAGUACUUGCAAGUAAAACAGGAAGCAGAACCCGAUUUAUCAAAUAUGAUGAAAUUGAUAGAGCGCCCCAAGAAAAGCUUCGUGGAAUAACAAUUAAUUCUACUCAUGUAGAAUAUGAAACUGAUAACCGACAUUAUGCACAUACAGAUUGUCCAGGUCAUCUUGAUUAUGUCAAAAAUAUGAUCACAGGAGCCUCGCAAAUGGACGGAGCAAUAUUAGUGGUUGCAGCUACAGAUGGCACUAUGCCACAAACAAGAGAACACUUGCUUCUGGCACGACAGAUUGGGAUAAAGAAUAUUGUUGUAUAUAUCAAUAAAACAGACAUGGUAGAUGGAGAACUUGUUGAGCUUGUGGAAUUAGAAAUUCGAGAGCUAUUGACUGAAUAUGGAUACAACGGAGAUGAAACUCCUGUUAUUGCUGGAUCAGCACUUAAGGCUUUACAUGGGACUGAUCCAAGUAUUGGUGAGGACUCGAUUCACAGUUUGUUGAAAAGCAUAGAUAAGCAUGUGCCAAUUCCAAAUCGAGACACAUCCGGUCCGUUUUACAUGCCGAUAGAAGCAGCAAUAUCUGUUCGUGGCAGAGGAACAGUUGUCAUUGGUACUGUGCAACAGGGGUUUAUAAGGAAAGGUGAUAGCGCUGAUAUUCUUGGAUUUGGAAAUGCUCUGAAAACCGCAGCAUCUGAUAUUCAGGUUUUCAAUAAAUCGAUUCCUCAUUGUAGUGCAGGUGAAAAUGUUGGCAUUCUUCUCAGAGGUGUGAAAUCUGAAUUUGUUCAAAGAGGAAUGUUUUUAUGUCAUCCUGAUUUGUUUGAACAGAAAGAUACGUUUGAGACUCAGCUUUAUGUCUUAACAAAGACUGAAGGUGGUCGGUCAAAACCUUUGACAGACAAAUAUAUUCAAAUGUUGUUCUGUAACAUGUGGAAUAUUUCGGCAAUGGUGAAGCUUCCUGAAGGAAGGGAUAUUGUGAUGGGAGGAGACACUGUUACAGCAACUGUGCUACUUAGAAAACCAAUGGUAUUCACUGUAGGACAGCGAUACACUGUUAGAGAAAAUAAACUGACUGCCCUCACUGGUGUGAUAACUAAAGUGUUGCCUUCGCUGGACAUCAGAAUCCAAGGUUUCAAUUUUGAACGACCAAGAAGUCACAGAAUAGAAGGAAAUGCUUGGCUAACUAGGAAAAGAAGACUGACAUGAUUGUCAAGUUGACACUGGAAGCAAAUCAUCAAUAUCAUGAUUAUGAUGUACUAGAAACUGUUUAUUCAUCAUGUUUAUUGAAAUCAGAAAUAUAUUAAUGGGAUAUCAGCAUGAUCAAAGUUUUCUGUUGACAUAAGGCCAUCCACACUUUUAUGUGUUUCUCAUCUCCAACCUCAACCAGCAAGACAGUGGGCGGGUUAAAAAAAUGAAUAAUUAUUUUUUGUUUAAUUUUUUUUUUUUUUUUCAAUAAUUGUGUAACUUAUUUUAUGAAAUUUUGAAGUUGAACACUUGUUAAUAGUCUUUAAAUAAAUUUAUGACGCAGAUUGAGUCGCUUUGCUUCAGGGAAGUUUUGAUAAAUACAACUGAAGAAAGAUCAUGCUGGCCUGGUUUUUUAUGUAUGUGCAAUUGUAUGAGUACUUUUAUUAUUACAUCGUAGCAUAAAUUUCCACAGCGGCAGGGGAAACUGAAAUAGAAAACUUUUUUAUUUCAUGUCAGAGGGGGGAAUUCAGGGUGGGCAGAUGGGAAACACAGAAAUAUAUAUGGACAGCCUAACAGCUAUUGCAUCUUAGUUUGGGAAAUGAAUUUCAGUCUUCAUGGCAACUCUAUAUGUCAAUAGUAAGGGUGCCAUCACUAUUUCCAGUGCAGGUUGGUGCAGAGUUUGUGUGAUAGGCCCAACACCAUGAGAAUGAUGAGUAGUUAUUAGUGGUGGAUUUGCUGUGAUAAUAUGUUGGCAAUGAAAGAAUGUGGAAUAAAGACUACAAAUUAAA